UAUUACAAUAGGCCUUGCUUGCUCGGUCUUGGCUUCCUUCCUCCAACAAACCUGGGAAACAGAUGAGCCAUGUGGUUCUACCACUGCGUUGCUGUGGAUUUACGCGUACCAUUGUUGCCGAUCAUCUUUGUUCGUCCGAAGUUGUUCUGGAGGAAUGCACAUAUGAGAGCCUGAUGCUUUUACAUAUGCAAAGGGAUACGUUUUCUGCCUAUUUAUGUAUUAUAGCUACUCCAGUUUCAAAAAGAAGCACUGCGCUGGAUUUGCUCUGAAAAGAAGAGAAGUGUGAAGCAUUUUUUCUGCUUGUUUUUAACAAAGCUGCCACAAUUCCUUUUGUCAGUACGUGGUCUGCACAUAUGGACAAAAAGAAGCCGGUCAAACGGCCUCGUAUGGAUGCAACACCCAUUGGUGCUCGUGCUCCCACCAUUCCAAACGGACCUAUGCAUACUCGACCAUUAGUGGCUCUUUUGGAUGGCAGAGACUGCUCCGUAGAAAUGCCAAUACUCAAAGAUGUGGCAACAGUAGCUUUCUGUGAUGCACAGUCGACACAAGAAAUCCAUGAAAAAGUUCUAAAUGAAGCAGUUGGAGCUUUAAUGUGGCAUACAAUAACAUUAACAAAGGAAGACUUGGACAAAUUUAAAGCACUGAGAAUCAUAGUUCGUAUAGGCUCAGGAGUUGACAAUAUAGAUAUAAAAGCGGCUGGAGAGUUAGGUAUAGCUGUUUGUAAUGUUCCAGGGUAUGGAGUAGAGGAAGUGGCUGAUACAACAUUGUGCCUCAUUCUUAAUUUGUAUCGGCGCACUUACUGGUUAGCAAAUAUGGUAAGGGAAGGAAAGAAAUUUCAGGGUCCAGAACAAGUUCGUGAGGCUGCUCAGGGAUGUGCGAGAAUUCGUGGUGAUACUCUUGGCAUCAUUGGACUGGGUCGUGUUGGAACUGCAGUAGCUCUUCGUGCCAAGGCAUUUGGUUUCAAUGUGAUAUUCUAUGAUCCAUAUCUUCCUGAUGGCAUUGAAAAAUCUUUAGGUCUUACAAGGGUUUACACAUUACAAGAUUUACUUUUUCAGAGUGAUUGUGUGUCUCUGCAUUGUACCCUAAAUGAACAUAAUCACCAUGUAUUUAAUGAUUUUACCAUCAAACAAAUGCGACCAGGAGCAUUUCUAGUUAAUACUGCUCGUGGUGGUCUAGUUGAUGAAAAUGCCCUGGCUUCUGCUUUGAAAGAUGGUCGAAUCAGAGCAGCUGCCUUAGACGUCCAUGAGAAUGAGCCAUAUAACGCCUUAGCAGGUCCAUUGAAAGAUGCACCUAACCUCAUUUGUACUCCACAUGCAGCAUGGUAUAGUGAUGCCAGUUCCACUGAGUUGCGUGAAAUGGCUGCAAGUGAAAUUAGAAGAGCUAUAGUAGGCCGUAUACCAGACUCACUUCGAAAUUGUGUUAACAAAGAGUACUUUGUGAAUAGUGGAUAUGGUGAAAGCAUUAACGGAGCUAGCGGGUACAAUUAUAAUCCAAUGGGGGUUCCUCAUUCCACCACUUUAGAACCCUUAUCGACGUCACCAGCCAUCCCCACACCCCAUUCACAGCCCCACUCUACUCUUCAAGAUACUCCUAAUCAUAUGGCUCCAAAACCUGAGAGCUCAGAAGUUCAUUAGCUCUUCUGCCUCCUUUUGCCGUGCCAUGAAAUUGCAUCCCACCUAUUUCUGUGCAGCAAGUCAGGGCUAUUUUACUAAGACAGCUUUAACAGUCCUUUGCAGGUUGUUAAAUCAGCUCCAUUCAUGUAGUCUGUUUGGAGAAGCAUUAUUUUAUCAGCCAUCCAGUAAUGUGAUUUAACAGAACUUGACCCUUAGGGAAUGAAUGCCUUCUCCCUCAACUGAUGCUGAGCAUUUUUAUAAUAGAUUUGUAAAAAAAUAAAUAAAGUAAAAAUGAAUAAAAAAUUAGCAUUUAUGACAUGGUGUUGAUUCUUCAAAAAAAAAAAAAAAAUAAGAAAAAGACAAAAAAAUGAAAGGUGGGUAUCAUGCAUUGUAGUCCGGCCACAUCUCUAUUCAUUGUCAGUCAUCUUGUGGAAGUAAUGCAAGAUUGUAUUGUGCAAGAUGAUAUACUAAAUCAAAGAACACAUUUUCAAUCCACUUAGUCAAAAUACUCUUACAUCAGGUUGGAACUUUCAAGUUACUAUCAUAUGGGUAGUCUUCACAUAAAAUGACUCAUGAGAGAUGUAUACAUAUAUAUACAUAAAUAUAUAUAUGAUUUUGUUACUGUGUGAAGAAACCUUUAUAGUGUAAUGGAGAAGAAAGUUGUAUAAUUAUUCUGCCCAUCACUACAGCCUUAUUAUAUCAGGGAAACAAGUGCAGAAGAUUUCAUCUUUCUUCUCCCAUCAGCAAGCUUCAUAAAAAUAUGCAAAACCAGCUAGCGUAAACCUCUUAAAUUACAUUGAAACUGUAAAAUAUAUUAUGAAUUUCAUCAUGUCUCAGGCAGUACUUGUUUUAACAAGCAAGAAAAUGCAACAUAAUUAUGCAUCACAUGACUAAUAGCCUCUCAAAGUUUUCUGUGUUAUAUUUUGUAGAAAAUCUGUUUAGAUAGGCCAUUAACCAAAAGGUUUUGUCCCUGUCUUCAGUUGUGUAUCUUCCAGUUUACAGCUAACUGUGUUUAAUGUUGAUCUUCUGCCCAUUUUCAUCAGCUCUCAACAUAUCGUAGUGGAAUCAUUCCAGUCAUCAUAGAUUUAUGAAGCUAAGCCUUAGAAGCUUAGGUCAUGCUUUAUUUUUUAUUUCCUUUUGUGGGUUUUGAAAUGUGUGUGAUGUGCCUCCCCUGUUUAGUACUUUAUGCUCAUACAUGUUACAGGUGGUGCCAAAGUAAUCAGCAAUACAAACUUGCAAGAUAAAAGUAAUAUGCAUAAUAAUGUAUUUCUCUGUCAGUUUAAAUAUUGCUUUAAGAAAAAUGCUUUACAGAUUGAGGAUUUGGUUCCAAUACUGAACAUUCAGUAAAUGUUGUGUCUGUAUCUUUGUAUGUAUAAAGAUUCGUGCAUACCUGUAUGUUUACAUGAAGAUAUUUAGUAAUUUUAUUGUCUUGAUAUGUUGGCAUCAUUAUAAGUAGAAGCUUGCAAUAAUGAAAUUGAAACUUUUCCAUCUGUGAUAUCUUUGCAUCUUAACCUCAAUCUGUCUUCAGUAUUUUUUACCUACCUACCUAACUAAUGAACGAUUUUAUUAUGUAGGAAAUUGUCAACACCAUUAAUGUUAUUUUACUUCUCAGUGAACGGUUGAUUAUCAAUAAACAGCUGACUCUUAGCUGGACAAAUUUUUGGCACCCCUGUUUGAUACUUUAUUCUAUAGUUGUUUCUGGGUUGUGAUUUUUGCAUUGUAAAAUUAUAAUUUUUUUUGACCUUUUGUGUUCAUUAUUAAUAAUAGCAACUAUUACUUAUUUUUUUUAUAAAAUCAAAUUUUAAAAAUUUACAAAUCUUGUGUGUGAAUUACUUUCUUUACUAAUACUGAUUUGAAAUUUUGAUUUUGUUAUUAUUUUCUCCAAAUCAUUCACUGAUGUACUCGAGACCUUCUAAGAAGUGCUUUUGUUAAAUGAAGCUGAUUUUGCAUCAUCAGUUCUAUAAAGAAAGUUAAUUGUUUGCAAUAUGUUUUGUGGUGUUUCAUUGUGGCAGAGGUCAUUUUAUGUUAAAAUACUCACACACUCAGAACUUCAUUAUAGUUUGUUGUGCUGUCUUUUGCAGUGUCCAUGUGUAGUGUUUUUGGAGAUUUACAUUUUUUCAUGUAAUUUAUGAUUUAUUUUGUAUCUGACUGAAGAUAAGAAUUCUGCAUAUUUAUGUUUAGGCUAUGCUCACUUUAUUUGUACAUUUUACUUUGAUGAAUAUGGAAAAAAUAUCAACUCUUUCUUUUUAAAUGUUGAAAGAAUGAAUAAUGAAAAUAACUUAGGAUUUUUCAAUUUUAAUGCAUACAUUUCCUGUUGUUUUAAUUUUCCUUAAAGAUUUUUUAAAAAACUUUUGGAAUUUAGUAUGUUCCAUUAAACUUAUUACAUUGUGAGCAAAAGGGAAGAUAUUUUGUUUGUAUAUUCCUGUUACUUGUAUGAUUGUUUAAAUUAUUUUAGUAAUCUAAUGUAAUUUCACUGAACUGUGUGAAAAAAAAUGCAAUAUUAAAUACUGAUCUUUAUUUGACAAUGCAAUAAUUGCAGCACAGGAUAUUAAUAAUGUGUUGCUUAUAUUCACUAUAUGUACCUUGUGUUACUAAAUUUGUAAAAUUUCAGUUUUAAUGCUUAAUUUCAGUUGCUAAUUUAAUGUGUUAAUUUGCUUGGUAUGUUGUUCCUUGAGUUGUUACAAUAUUCCAUUUUGUAUUAUGCAGUACUGUAUGUACAAACUCUCCUAUGCAAACCAUAUUCAGUGCAUUUUUUACUGUAUUUAACAAGUGAAGGUGAUAUGUUAAAACUGUAUAGUUUGCUUUGCUUUUGAGUGCUAUUCAGAUUAUUAUUAUGUUAUUGUUUGGCUAAGCAAGCAUCUUGCUUUGUAAUUUAUGCAUGCCCUUUUUAUGCAUGUAAAAAUUGAUGAAAAUGAUACUAAUCAAAACUAAAAAUGACUACUUAUCAAAAAAAAAAUUUUUUUUUUUUUUUUUUUUUUUUUUUUUUUGUUAAAACUGACAUUUGCUAUAGGUCUUGACUUUUCAGUGCUCAAUUGUUUAGAUAAUGCUCCAGUUUUUUUUAAACACUCAUUGACUUAGUUGACAUUGACAAAACUGUUUUACAUUGUAGUCUCUGUGUUGUCUAGCUAUUUUGACUAAAGCUUGUGAGUACAUAUAUUUUUUGUAAUACUUCAUGAUUGUCUUCUGUGUACUAAUUGUCUCAGGUUAUGGACAUAAAACAAAGGCUGCUUACCUUCUACCCCAUCUUUGUUUUGUAAGGGCAUUUAAAUCAUCUGCCCCUUGUACAAAGUCAAACUGAAAAAUUUUAGUUUGUGCAGUCAUGUAGUUUCAGUGGCCUGUAGUUUUCCAUCUUUAUUCUUGUCAUGUUUAUCUGCCAUGUGUGUGUGUGUGUGAAUCAAAUCAUUUCAUGGGUGGCAGUGAUAAUAAAUGACAGUUUUCAUUUCUAUAUGUCUGCUCUGUUGCCUCUUAUGAACAUUUGUUUCAUCUUGACACACAAUUUAUUGAAAACUUUGACUAAUUAAAGCUGUUUUGAUGAAAAUAAAUUUUAGAAUUGAUUUUC